AUGGAAGAUCAGACCAUCCCGGCUCAAGACACUAUCUUACAAGCCAUAGCCGCCAUGAGGCAAGACAUGGCCGCACAACUAGGGCGCAUGGAGGAAAGGGUUGGCCGGCUAGAAGUACCAAGAAGAGAAGCUGUCCGACCUAUUCAAGUUCCACCCCAACAGCAACAACAAGCAGGAGACGAGAAUAUGGCCGAAGUGGAGGAUAACUUGACUAACAAUCAACCGAGGCAAGAUCCACCCGACAUACGGAUACACCAAAGACUCCGAGACCCUGUCAACCGAGGCCGUAUCAGAGACGAUGAGGGUAAUAGGCUAGGUAAUAUGGAUGUUAAACUAACAGCUCCCACUUUUGCAGGGAAAGUAGAUCCUGACGCUUACCUUGAAUGGGAAAGAAGAAUGGAGUACAUCUUUGAGUAUUACGGGUAUAACGAUCAAAGGAAGGUGGCAUUGGUCGCGGCUCAACUCACCGAUCACGCAUUAUCUUGGUGGGACAGAGAUGUAGCUGAGCGAAGAAGGCACCGAUAUGAGCAAAUCUGCACCUGGGCCGCAAUGAGAUACAACUUGAGGAAGAGGUAUGUGCCUCCAUAUUUCCAUAGGGAUUUGCAAAAACGGUUUCGCAAAUUGGUGCAGGGUAACAAGUCGGUAGAAGAAUAUUUUGAAGAGUUUGAGACACUCCGAAACAAGUUGGAACAAGAAGACACCGAGGAGAAUCUCAUGGCUCAGUUUCUUGAUGGCCUUCAAGACCGCAUAGCUAGAAAAGUAGAGAGACAGCCGUAUCAUGACAUCUCCGAGCUCUUACAUCUCGCUAUUCAAGCAGAACAGCACAUAAAACGUAAGAAAACAGCCACAAACAGAGCAAAAGCCAGCCAAAACUGGAGUCAGCCCGCCCCUAGGGUCUUAGACAAAGGCAAAGCCGUCGAGAACAGUCCCAAAUACCAAAAACCAGCGGCCGAGACUUUCAAAAGUAAUCGCCAAGACACAGGUAAGAAUCCAAGUACCUCUAGAACUCGAGAUAUCAUUUGUUUUAAGUGUCAGGGUCGAGGACAUAUGGCGAGAGACUGUCCCAAUCAGCACACCAUGAUUCUAACAUCAGCCGGAGACUAUGAGUCUCAAGACGAACAAGAAGAUGAGGAGGACGCCGAGGGUGAUACCGAGGUGGCCUAUCCGGACACCGGUGAGCUGUUGGUAAUUAGGAGAGCUCUGAGUGCUCUCGUGGACCCCGAGACAGUUCAGAGGGAAAAUAUCUUCCACACAAGGUGCACCGUGCACAACAAGGUAUGUAGCUUAAUAAUUGAUGGUGGAUCAUGCACUAACGUAGCCAGCAAGCUUAUGGUUGACAAGCUUGGGCUCGAGACGACUCCACACCCAAAACCAUACCGCUUGAGGUGGCUUAAUGAUGACACUGAGUUAAGGAUAACUCAGCAAGUAACCGUACCGUUCAGUGUGGGCAAAUAUAGCGAUCAUGUGCUAUGUGAUGUGGUGCCCAUGCAAGUUGGUCACUUGUUACUAGGGAGGCCGUGGCAAUUCGACAAGGAGAAAAUACACAAUGGCCGAACAAACCACUCCUCGUUCAUGCAUGAAAAGAAAAAGUUCCAACUAGCGCCACUUACGCCCGUGGAAGUCCAUGAAAUGCAGCUAAAAUUUGCAAAAGAUUCUAAGGAAAUUCCAGCUGGCUUGCCACCUUUAAGAGGAAUAGAGCAUCAGAUCGAUCUUAUUCCCGGUGCAGCCUUACCAAACCGACCAGCUUAUCGGAUGAACCCCACUGAGACUAAAGAACUAGAGAAACAGAUCCAAGACUUGAUGUCCAAAGGAUAUAUCCGAGAGAGUCUUAGCCCUUGUGCCGUACCAGUCCAUUUGGUGCCCAAGAAGGAUGGAACAUGGCGUAUGUGCGUGGACUGUCGAGCUGUGAACAAUAUCACCAUCAAAUAUCGCCACCCAAUACCAAGGUUAGACGAUAUGUUAGAUGAAUUGUAUGGUGCCACUGUGUUUUCUAAAGUAGAUCUUCGAAGUGGAUACCAUCAAGUGAGAAUGAAGGAAGGAGAUGAAUGGAAGACAGCUUUCAAGACCAAACAAGGUCUAUAUGAAUGGCUAGUCAUGCCAUUUGGCCUCCCCAAUGCCCCAAGUACCUUCAUGCGACUCAUGAACCAUGUCUUGAGGGUAUAUAUCAGUAAGUUCGUUGUUGUUUACUUUGAUGAUAUACUGAUUUAUAGCAAGUGUUUUGCGGAUCACUUAAUGCACCUUGAGCAAGUAUUAGAGACUCUUCGACAAGAGGGUCUUUACGCGAACCUCAAGAAGUGCACCUUUUGCACUGAUCAUGUUGUAUUUCUAGGCUUUGUUGUGAGCUCACAGGGUCUACAGGUGGAUCAAGACAAGAUUAAGGCGAUUCAAGAAUGGCCAACACCCACCACCAUUGGACAUGUUAGAAGCUUCCACGGUCUAGCAAGCUUCUAUCGGCGAUUUGUAAAAGACUUUAGCACCAUAGCCGCACCUCUUACUGCUGUGAUCAAGAAAGAUGUGGCGUUUAAGUGGGGAAAGCUCCAAGAAGAAGCUUUCCAAAAGCUUAAGAACCGUUUAACUCAUGCACCUGUUUUAGUCUUACCCGAUUUUGAUAAAACGUUCGAAGUUGAAUGUGAUGCCUCAGGUCUAGGUAUUGGAGCUGUUCUAACUCAAGGAGGAAGGCCCGUCGCAUUCUUUAGUGAGAAGUUACAUGGAGCUGCACUCAACUAUUCCACCUACGAUAAGGAGCUCUACGCCCUAGUGAGAUCUUUGGAGACAUGGCAGCAUUACUUGCUGGCCAAAGAAUUCAUUAUACACACGGAUCACGAGACCCUGAAGCACCUCCGAGGCCAGACCGCUCUCAAAAGGAGAAAUGCGAGGUGGCUAGAGUUUGUGGAGACCUUUCCGUAUAUCAUCAAGUACAAGAAGGGUCAAGAAAAUAUCGUUGCUGACGCUUUAUCUAGGCGCUAUACGCUUAUAACCACUAUGGAGGCCAAGAUCAUGGGAUUUGAACACUUAAAGGAGAGAUAUGAGGACGAUCCCGACUUUAGUUCCAUUUACCAAGAAUGUCAAAAGGGAGUUCAUGGUCUGUUUUAUUUGCAUGAUGGUUUCUUAUUCCGAGAAAAACGACUGUGUAUUCCGCAGGGUUCUAUGAGAGAGCUUUUGAUCAGGGAGUCUCAUGGAGGAGGCUUGAUGGGGCACUUUGGGAUAGACAAAACUCUAAGUGUUCUAGUGGAGCAUUUCUUCUGGCCUCAUCUUAAACGAGACGUGGAGUGGUUCUGCUCAAAAUGCAUCGUCUGCCUUAAGGCAAAAUCCAGGUCACAUCCGUAUGGACUUUAUAUGCCUUUACCUAUACCUAAUAGACCUUGGGUGGAUAUUUCUAUGGACUUCGUGCUAGGGUUACCAAAGAUCAGAAAUAAAGAUUCAAUCUUUGUGGUGGUGGACCGAUUCUCCAAGAUGGCGCACUUCAUCCCCUAUUGUAUUCCUUACAUUGAGUUCGCUUAUAAUAAUGCUAACCACUCGGCUACUAAGCUUUCACCGUUUGAGAUUUUGUAUGGAUUUAAGCCAGAGACGCCGUUGGACCUCAAACCUUUACCACCACCCGAAUAUGCUAGUCAAGAUGGAGUAGACAAAGCUGAAAAAAUCCGCAAACUCCACCAGAAGACCAUUGAGAACUUGGAGAAGAAGACCGCGCAAUACAAGCUUCAGGCCGACAAGAACCGAAAGGAGAUCAUUCUUGAACCAGGAUAG